AUGGUGCCAGCUCCGGGUACUUUACCUACCAGAUUUCCUUGUUGGUGCAGAGCUGUAUAUUCAUUCAGCGGGGAGUCAAAACGCGACUUGGGUUUCAUUGAGGGGGAUUUGAUAGAAUGUUUGAACGCAGGAGAUGGAUCAUGGUGGAUGGGUCGAUUACGGAGGGACAAAAGAAUGAUGGGACUUUUUCCUUCGAAUUUUGUACAAGUACUGGAUGAGAGUUUUCGACCAACAAGCCGAGCAUCAAGUCAAAUGACGGAUCGAAGUCCUAGUCCAAAUCCUUUCAAAAAUCCAACAGCUCCGACGAAAACCAAGAGUAAAGCGAUGCGGAAACCCUUUCAAGCUUAUGCUGCGCCGGAUAUGGGAGCAAUAAAGAGGGCAGAGGCAAGGGAAAAGGAACGUCUUGCGGCUUUGACGUCUCGAGUGCCAUCUCCAGCUGCUAGGGGUGGACAUAAAACUGCAGCCAGGGCUCCUUCUCCCCAACCUCAAGCACCCGUUCAUCAAUCGCGGACGCGCUCCCCAGCAGCAUUCUCUCAGUUUCCGAGCCAUGUAUCUCGCGCGCCAUCUCCAAGUCCAAAUCAUCAUAUAUCUCGCGCGCCCUCUCCAGCACCCAACCACUAUACCUCUCGCGUACCCUCUCCUGCGCCUAACCGCUACAUGUCUCGCGCGCCAUCCCCUGCACCCAACCACUAUACCUCUCGUGGACCGUCUCCUGCGCCUAAUCGCUACGUGUCUCGUGCGCCAUCCCCUGCACCCAACCACUAUACCUCUCGUGCACCUUCUCCUGCACCCAACCACUAUAACGAUCGUGCACCUUCUCCUGCACCCAACCACUAUACCGCUCGUGCACCUUCUCCUGCACCCAACCACUAUACUUCUCGCGUACCAUCUCCCGCGCCCAACCACUACGAAUCUCGCGUGCCAUCUCCUUCUCCUAAUCAUUACACAUCUCGUACGCCCUCGCCUAAUCCUAAUAAAUAUGGAUCUCGUGAUCCUUCUCCCGCUCGUUCAUUCGGCUACCAAAAUCAUUCUCGAGGUCCAUCACCUGCGCCACAAUUCGACAGAGGGACCUCGUCUCCACCCCCGCCUCCACCCCCUCAUCGCAACACUUAUACUCCGCAAGCAUCUAGGGAUACUUAUGGCAACGCCCCAGACACAUAUCAGACGCCACUUACAGCAUCCCCGUGUCCCCCAUCACCGGCCGGCACAGGCCGCACCCCCUCUCCUCUACGAAGCGCAAUGGAUGAUGUAAUGCUAUCUUUGGCAGAUAUGGGAGUAGCUCGUGAGCCAGAGAGUCCAGAAGCACCAAUCGAUCCAUGGUCCCCUGAAGCAUUUGAUCAAACGUAUAUAUCAACGAAACGAGCACCUAGAUCUAAUACGGCGAUUGGAGUUUCUGAAGAUUAUAAUUCUGUAGGAGAUGAUACAUACGCCAGUAAUACGCAACCUUAUCAACCUACAAAUACUCCCCCGCCUCAACUCAGCAAUUACGUUCAAAGAAUGGAGAAUAGAUUAAGCAAAAUGUAUUCCUCAACACCCCGCCCACCUGAGGAUGAUAUUCGGCCAGCGGUCCCACCUAAAGCGAGCUCAUAUGCCUAUGAUAGCCGACCAAAAUCGUCUGUGAGUGGAAGUGUACCACCGACCAAACUCCGCCAUCGAAAAUCUGCAUACGAAGUUGGAAAAUCCAUGCUGGGGAGGACUUUUACUACGAAGACCGAUAAGACUGACUCAACGAGCUCUUCCUCGGGGACUCGCAGUACUACUACCAAUGGGAGCUCGAGCACCCAAAUGACGGAUAAAAGUCUCAUGAGUGGCCCUUCUGCCGGCGGCUUCUCUUCAACUAGUGCCGGAAGUUUAGCCAGGAAGCGAGACUUACUGUAUGGACGAGCUCAGAGUGCACUUGGUUCGCGAAAAGACAACUAUCUGGGGAUAAAUAGUAGUCAGCCUGAUUUCACCACUGGUCGAUCCCAGACACCAAUGACCGGUGUUUCGUACCACAGUAGUCACGCUUCGGAUCCUUCGCGGAUGCAGUCACCAACUGGGUGGCCAGGGUCCGCUGCAGAUUCAAAUCCUGCACUUGGUGGUCUUAUGGCACCUAAAACCAAGAAAAGCGGUUUCUUCAAAAGAAUCGUUGAAUCCGCAAAAACAGGUGCUGCGAGCGCCAGGAGCAGUAUCGCUGUAGGUGAAUCUUCUAGACCGCGCGUGCAAGCUCAUGGUUCAUUCCCGACAGGGGUUGCAUCUAUUGGGGUUGGUGGCUUUGGAAAUACUCCAAACACUAAUCCAGCCAAUGAAAUGGGACCUGGGGGUAGUACCAUGGGCGUCGAUUGGGUUCAAGUACGGCGAGAUAUCAACAGAUCGAAUUCGUUGAGUAGGAUUGAGCGGGUUGAAAGAAAGGAGCGAUGCCAGAUGAUGGAUUAUCCAGCCAUAAGUCCUGUGGAAGAGCUCCUUGAGGGGUGUGAUGGCGACGAAGGGGUAAACGGUAAUCCCGUUGCUGAGCCAACUAAUUUCCAAGCAGUAAAUCUCAAUCUGGUCGAUAAGAACACAAGGUUUAUCAAUUCUCUCCCACCGAUGUCUAAUCCCAUGAGCUUAGCUACGGGCUAUGUGUGUCGACCGUAUCGAAGCGACAUCCAGCGAUUACGAGCAAUAUUCAUAUGGGUCAGUGAGAAAAUUACAUGGGAAGAGGGCUUCGAUAAUGACACUUCCGAUUCAAGAAAGGUCAUCCAAACCAAGCAUGGUUCGUCGGAGGAAGUCGCAUUUCUGGUUAUGGAUAUGUGUAAAGCGGUUGGGAUUCAUGCUGAGGUUAUCAGAGGAUAUCUAAAAUCACCAGGUGAAAUACCAGAUAUGGGUCCUAUGCCUCGCCCGAAUCAUUUCUGGAAUGGAGUUGUAAUUGAUGGAGAAUGGCGAAUGAUGGACUGCUCUUUAGCAAGUCCUUCUCAUCCUCGAAGGAUCCAGUAUACUAGUGCCAACAGUCAAUACGCGGAACCGUGGUGGUUUUUGGCUCGGCCAAUCGAGAUCUGCUGGACUCACAUUCCGGAACAGCAUGUUGAUCAACACCUCUGUCCUCCUGUAUCACAUGAAAUCCUUCUAGCUCUACCGUGUGCUUGUCCGGCAUUCUUUACCAAUGAGAUGGAGAUGGUGGACUACGAUACAAGUCUCAUACGUAUUGAGGAUCUCGAGCUUGUUCACAUCAAACUUUCCGUGCCACCCGAUGUUGAGUGUGUAGCUGAAGUCGAAGCACGUGCUUUUGAGCGCGAUGCAGAUGGUGACCUCUUCGAGACUGGUGAAAUCAUCACGAAGCGUGCUUUAGCACAGGCAGAAUGGGUGGGCAGUCAGAAAAUGUAUACGAUCAAGGGUCUACUUCCUGGUGAUGAGGGAUCAGGCAUACUCAAAAUUUAUGCGGGAAAACGUGGCCUUAUGCAUAGUAUCAAGGAUAUUCCUCAUGCAUUGGCACUUGCAUUACCCAUCAUCCACUCGGGUGAUAAUCCUCCAUAUGAGUUUCUAACUCGUCAUCCAACGCCUCAUGCCCAACGCCAUGAUCUUUAUGUCGCCCAACCACAAUGCCAACGAUUAGCCGUCAACAAUACUUUUGUGUUCGCCGUGCGUCAGCAUCCGUCCUCAUUAUCAUCAGCAUCGCCAGAUCCAGGGAGAAUCUCACCUAUUCCUUUUAUACGGCCAAGCUCCGCAAUGUCUAUAACGAGCUCCUCGGCUUCUGGCUCAGGCACUGGUAAAAAGCCGGCGAAACUCGCAAUUCAAGCACCUGGUGGAAAGAUCUUAAGAUUAAUGCGAAAGGAAGAAAGAAACGGAGGUAUCACCACGAAUCUAGAGGGUGGAGAUGGGGGGACAUGGGAAACGAUAAUUAAAUGUGGGGAAAGGGGUGUUUGGAGAGGACUGGUCUUAGCCGAUCGAAGUGCUAGAUGGUGUGUAUUUGCCGAAUGGACAUGUGUCUAA